AAGACGGACAAAGAAGCAGUAACACAUGGACGCGCUCUUCGAGCAGCUCUCCGCCGUCGCCGACAUGGCUCUCGACGGCCGGGGCUUCGACACGGCGCGGCUCGCCGGCGUCCUCGCGCUCUUCGAGGUCGAGGCGCACGCCUCGUGGGCGGCGGCCGAGGCGGAGCACGAGGCCGUGGCCCGGGGCACCGAGGCGGCCGUGGAGACCGCCCAGGGCCACCUGAACGCCGUCAUGGGCGCGGCCGUCGGCUCGUCCGGCGAGGCCGACGCGCUGUCCGCGGCCACGGCGGCGAUGGAUUUGGCCUUCAAGGCGACGUCCGGGACACGCCCCUCGUGAGACCGAGCGGGAAAGAUCGAUGCGCGCACGCACCGCAAGAUCGAUCGAUAUACUCCCGGCCAUGAGCAUGUAUGUAUGUGCCUGGCUGCAUGGCUGGUCUAUGAGAUUAUGACUAUGAUGAUAUGUACUCGUAUGGUCCGUAUGGACACCAGAGCUAGUGAGCA